AUGGCUGACAAGAGGAGAGUCAAGUACUUGAAAUUGUCUCUCCUCGUUGCUGUAGGCUUUGUUAAGAUUGCAGUUGCCUGCAUAUGGAUACCUGCCCGCCUUACUCAAUCCGAACAAAUGCUGCACAUCAACGAGAUCUGGGACCGCGUCGAGAAGGUGAUCUAUCUCUUGAUGGACCUCGCUCUAAAUGCAGCCUUUCUCCAUAAGGUCCGACGCGAACUGAUAGCCGAAGGCCUGACGAAAUAUAAGCGGCUCUUCAACUUCAAUGCCAGUGUGGUUGUUAUCUCUCUAUCCAUGGACAUCCUCAUCAUCGUCAUGAUGUCGUUUCCGAACCCUUUCCUCUACGCCCAAUUCCAUCCAGUUGCCUAUAGUGUCAAGUUUAUCAUCGAAAUCACCAUGGCCAAUCUAAUUACGAAGAUUGUCCGGGAGCAGAACGAGCUCAAUAGUUACCACACUACCAACAAUACCAACAGCACCAGGGCCGCUGAUACUUUCUAA